UCUCCCUUUCCUUCGCACUUAUAUAGAGCGACAGAGAGAAAUUCCAUCGGCUUUUAGUCUCCGCAUUCCUGUAGGUGUGCAACUAUCUAAUCGAUUCACGGCGUUUAUCAACGUUUUUUCCCCUUUUUUAAGAAUAAAAGGCCUUGAAUUGAAUAAUUGCUGCGUAAUUACAACUAAAUCCGCUAAAUUACACAGAAUUACAAUGGCUUCACCUCAUCUAACAACCGGGUCACAACAGCCCCCCAAAAUCGAGGGCAAACUCCGCCUCUACUCGAUGCAGUUUUGCCCUUAUGCCCAGCGAGCCCGUUUGGUUUUAAAAGCAAAAAACAUCCCCCACGACAUAGUCAACAUCAAUUUGAUCAACAAACCCGAAUGGUACACCAAAGUGCACCCUGAAGGUAAAGUGCCGGCUCUCGACACUGGCUCAAAAAUAGUGGUCGAAAGCCUGGAUAUUGCUGACUUUCUUGACGCCGAAUACCCCAACAACAACCCCUUAUACUCCUCGGACAAAAACCGGGACAAAGAAUUGAUCAAGAAAAUAGCCCCCAUAACCGAUCUUUUUUACAAAUGCGUGGCCAAAACCGAGAACAAAUCACUAGAAGAGUGGGCCAAAGCCUUCGUCCCCCAUUUGGAAGUCUUCGAGAGAGAUUUAGCCGCAAGGGGGACCACGUUUUUCGGAGGGGACAAGCCCGGAAUGGUUGAUUACAUGUUGUGGCCUUGGGGUGAGAGGGCUGGUACUAUUGCGAUAGCUCACGGGGCGCAACUGCCUUUCGGAAGUGAUCAAUUUCCGUGUUUGAGGAAGUGGAGGAAAGCGAUGCGCGAGGAUAAAAUCUGCAGCGAGAUCUACAACGGGCCGGAAAAAUUCUGGAAGUGUGUAGAGAUGAAAUUGAAGAAUUUGCCACCGGAUUAUGAUAGUAUUUAAUUAUGGAUUUGUGAUAAAUGAUAAACAUGUUUACGAGGGUCAUGUGUUAUAAUGUUAUAAUUUACAAUAAAUCUGCUUUUACAUACUUUUUA